AGCACUUUUCUAAUUCUAGGAUGACCCGUUUUAACAUCAUUUGCAAAAACAAAAAAAUUCACGAGCAUCAUCUAAAUUUGGUAUAUCCUAAUAUUUGUUAGUAAGAUAAGAUGAGAGGUUAAGCAAAAUGCAUCCCGUCGAUCAUUAAUAAAAUUCAAAAGUUUCUUGGUCGUUAGCAUCUUUUGUGAACAAAUGUCUGAAUCUACUUUAUCGACUGCCUCAACAUCUUCCAAAGUCAAUAAUAACAAUUCAGUUUCGUCACCUACAACCUCUAAAUCCAUAUUUUCGUUUUUUAGUUCGUCUUCUAAUCAUAAUCGUCAAUCUUCACAGCAACUUGUUUCUCAUGCCAUCGAUCAAAGUAAAAAAGAUAAAAUGUCCUACCGUCAUCACAGUGUCCCUUCUAUAGAAGUGAAGGAGACAAAUACUGUGUGCAAGGACUAUGACCCUAGCACAGGAAAUAAGAUGAUCAACAAAUAUAUGCUAAUUAGAGAAUUGGGCCGAGGAGUGCACGGUAAAGUUAAAUUAGGAAAGGACAUGGAAACAGGUGAAUUGUUUGCUAUAAAAGUUGUUGACCGUGCUACACGCCGUCGUUUGGGACAACGUAACAAUGAUCUUACAAAUGAACAAAAAAUUAGAAAAGAAAUUGCGAUAAUGAAAAAAUGCAUCCAUCCACAUGUUGUAAGAUUAAAAGAAGUUAUUGAUAAUCCGGCUAGUAGAAAGAUUUAUAUGGUAAUUGAAUAUAUGGAAGGUGGAGAAAUACAAUGGAAAAAUGAAAAUGAUCAACCUGUUAUGAGUAUUGAUAAGGCAAGGCGAAUUUUUAGGGAUGUUGUGGUUGGUUUGGAAUAUCUUCAUCAUCAAGGAAUUAUACAUCGCGAUAUAAAACCGGCCAAUUUAUUGCUUACAGGCGAUCAAGUAGUUAAAAUUUCCGAUUUUGGUGUAUCACAUUUUAGUCAAAGAACAUUAUCUUCACAAGGGAAAAAUCAGAUAAACACUGAUGAUACAGAUUUAACAAAGACCGCUGGUAGCCCAGCUUUUUUUGCGCCAGAAUUAUGUUUUCCUGGUGACAUAACAAGAGAUAUAUCUCCUGCUUCGAUUAUUUCAGAAAAUGCGACAACCUCUUCUGAAUCAAAAUCAAAGUCGGAUAGUAGUGUCAAUUUGCGAGCACAACGACCUCCUAUUACAAAAGCAAUUGAUAUAUGGGCACUUGGCGUGACUCUUUAUUGCUUUGUUUUUGGUCAAUGUCCUUUUAUAGCCGACACAGAAUUCGAGUUAUUUUUCAAUGUUAUACCAAAACAACCUCUAGAAUUUCCUAAUGAUAUACCGAUAACGGAUGAUUUAAGAGAUUUGUUUACGAAAUUAUUAGAAAAGGAUCCAAAUAAACGAAUCACUUUGGAAGAAGUCAAGAAACACCCGUGGGUCAUCGCGGAUUUAACAAAUCCAGAAAAAUGGCGUGAAGAAACAGAUCCAAAGAAAUAUAAGGCUGUAACAGUGACCGAAGAAGAAGUCAAAAGUGCCUACACCUUAAAGGAACGAUUAAAAAAGAAAAUUCGUAAGAUUUCAUUAUCACUCGGCAAUCUUACCAAAGGAAGUCUCCGUAAACGUUCCAAAUCCAUAUCAGAUUCACCAUCACCUAUAGGUUCACCUGUCAGUUCACCUCUCAGUUCACCUCUUAUGACCCGUAAUUAUCCAACGACAACACCACCUUCUCCAAUUAAUAUUUAUCCACCUGAUAAAAAUCAAACAUUGCAAGUUGCUCACCAACGUCACAGUCUUUAUGGAUCUAGUUUUCCUGAAAUAUAUUCACGUCAAAGAUAUAAGGAUAUAGAGAAUUAUGUUGAAGAAGAUAGUCCUUCGUUAUCAUCGUCAUCAUCUCGUUCAACUAUUGCAACGAAUUCACAACAGUGGGAUAAAGCUGAGCAUAAUUUACCGAGACAACUUGCAAUGAAAAGACGUUCAAACAAUUCACAUAGUUCAUUAAGUAAAAGUUGGAUUUAUAAUCCAAAUGAGGAUUCUAACGAAGUUGAAAAUGUAGUUGUACAAGAUAAAAACAUUGAAUCUGAUUCGCCGAAUAAUAAUAAGUUACGUAUGGACAAUGGGAAAAAUAAACAUUUAAUGGUAGUUAGUGGAACAAAUCAAACUUUGCCCAUGAGUUCUUUAGUACCAUCGUCAUCAAUCGAAAAUGGUUUAGAAACAACCAGUAGAGAAAAUAUAGAAAUUCUUGAUACUAUGGAUAGUGACGAUGACGAUGUCGGAGUUGUAUUUGGAGGGAAUGCAUCACGAGGAUGGCAUACGUCACAAGUUCAAAAUACUUUAAACGAUUCGAAAGAUUCGAACAAUUCUAACAAUUCUAACAAUUCUACUAAUUUAUGAGUUAGUUUAGCUAGAAUGUUAUUUAGUUAGGAAGAAAAAAAAAAA